AUGGCCAAGACUGGGUUCUGCGAUUCCAAGCCUCUGCUGGACUUACCCAGGAAGGCGGAGGAGAGGCGAGCCCCCCUAAGAACUUUGCCCAACACCUGUGGACCCAAAGACCGCUGGCAGUCCCUGGAGGGAGAUGAGCCUCCAGGGGUGCCUGUAAAACCGGAGGCAGAGCACAGAUGGGACAGGAGGUCAUCAGUGUCAACAAGGGAUGGCUUAAUGGACUGCUAUGAAGACGAUGGGCGAAGAGAGGAUACAGUGCUUUUCUUCUCCCAUGGAUUCCCAGGCCCCCAUAGCCUACAGACGCUGGUUCCUAGCUUAUUGCGCCAUGAAGUAGAGGUAGCCAUGGAGAAACUGAACCUCAUCUCGGAUCAGACCUAUGGUUGGGAAUUCUUCAUAGACAUGAUGAGAAAUCAGCUCCGGAACACUUUUCCUAGCACUGAUCUGCCCCGGCCUUUUACAGACACCACCCGUGCUAUCCUGGUAGAUUGGCUCAUACAGGUUCAUGAAGUGUUGCACUUCCAGGAUGAGACCCUCUAUCUGGCAGUACACCUUCUUAACCGCUGUCUUCGGCAGAUCAAGGUGUCCACAGACAACCUGCAACUUCUCGGUGUGGUUUGCCUUUUCCUCGCUGCCAAGAAAGAGGAGUGUCUCCUCCCUGAGGUGUCUGACCUCUGCUACCUGAUGGACAACACUUACUCAAAGCACCAACUGCUGCGAAUGGAACGCAAAGUACUCUGUGGACUCAAGUUUGACCUGACCUAUUGUCCUCCUCUGCACUUUCUCCUCCUCUCUGCCUCCAUUGCACGCUGCAGUGCCAAGGUGGUAUGGAUGGCUCGGUACCUGCUGGAGCUCUCCCUCAUGGAGAGCCAGUGUGUGGUGUUCCUUCCGGUCCAGUUGUCCUGGGCUGCCCUCUGCUUGGCCCGCAUACUUUUGCAGGAGCCCCCCUCACCAGAAGGAGAGAUGGCCUGGUGCGUUGCCUCCAGCAUCCACAUGGGCAGUGAGACCACCCUCCUGAAGAUCAUGCACAUACUGGCCGUUGCUGCAGCCAAAGCCCACAGCCAAGAAACACGUGCUACUUUUAUCAAGUUCUCCUCCUCAGUGACCAUGCAUGUCAGCACACACCCUGUUCUUAAAAAUGCCCAAUGUCAUCUGGGCCUGUCUGCUUUACACUUAACGGAGAGAAUCACAUUGUGA